AUGUCCGAGCUCUCCCCCCAACUAAAGGGCCUCAAAAAGGUUCUUUCCAAUAGAAGACGUUCAUCAGAGCUUCUAGGCGACGAAACCAUUCGAGGCUCACGAACCGACUCCAUCGACUCCCUUGCCAUCGAGAAGUCCCCCUCAAGACACAGCACGCGAUCUGUCAGUCAAGAUGGAAGCAGUAAAUCUGGGGGCAGUGGUAUGCGCAAGCUGAUACCUGGACACAGCAAGCGGAAGAGAAGGAGGCUUCGUGAGGAGGAGUUGAAAGUUGCUGCCGAUCAACUUGCCGCAAGAGGCAGAACUGGGUCUACAUUGAGCUUACCAACUCCUUCGGACCAGACGAGCAGAAGGACAAGCAGUAUUGCUGCCGAUGGGGAUACCAGUCUACUCACAGACGACUCCGAAGUGGAAACACCACCCCUUGUCUCACGGGACUCCCACACAGGUUAUUUGACGAUGUCGUCUCCCUUGAUAUCAACUACGACCACGCAGAGCGAUGUUGAUCCAGCCCGGAAUCCUUCUCCACCGCGGUCGCUUGGGAACAUACCGUUGUUGGUAGAGCCUAGUAAAGAGGAUGGAUCUCCAUCGCCGAAGAGCCCGCCUGUGGCUGGCUCAGAUGCAGCCUCGCUAGCAGCGGGGCUGUAUGACAAGGCAGAUACCCUUGGGCCAGUGUCAGGUGAUGACAGCAUCACCAACUAUAGGGGCACCUCACCAGCUGGACGGUUCAAGGAUGUUUUUGGGAAGACUAGCAAGAGUCCAAAGGUUAGCCCGGAUAGAGGAUCGACAGAUAUGACCAGCAGCAUCUCCGGCCCAAAGACCGGCUCAAUCUUGGUGGCAGAAACCAGUGCUGCUGGCGAGUCGAGCACACAGGUGCCACCUGCUCUACCCUCGCUGAAUCAGAGUUGGCGGAAUAACAAUUCAAUGCCGAACCUGGAAACGAAAUCCCGACCAUUGACGCCUCCUGCUGCUCUGAUUAGUACACCCGUCACAACCGUUACGCCUCCAACCCCAACCGACACACGGUUUGAAGGAAGACAAGACCCUGUGCAGCCAGACAAGCCUGUGUCUAGGCCCAAAGAGGAGCCUUCGGGUAUUGUGGUCAGUCCUUCGGGAAAUAUGAUAUCUCACCGCCGAAUCCGGUCGACGUCGUCAAUUGCACAUCAGCCAAGCAAACUCUCAAGCUCCAUGACUGCCCCCCUGACCCCUACUUUAGAGGAGAACAAAUCAUUAUCGGGCACCACAACAGGGAACAGAACCCCAAGUAGUGGUUUAUUCUCCUCUUGGGUCUCUGCCGCUCAGAAUGCUGCAACUACCAUCACCAACCUGACUGGCCAGAGUCGGGCCCGAUCCGGAACCAUCGCAUCCGAAAAUUCGGUCAAGCAAAUGCCGACUGAGGAGCCCAUAAAGGAAGAAGAGACGUCUGAGCCCGAAGUUCCACGGAAGCAAUUAGCCAUAGAAACAAUGGGCUCGGGAGAUCUCAAUUUCGAGCAUCUGGGUUUAGAGGCAGAUGACAAAGCCACGGCGAACAAUCGACCGGGCCUAGCGGACCUUCGAAAAGACUCAACGAUGGAACGAGAUGAGGCGGCUGCUAAGGCGGAAGAUCUACUUGCGAAACGAGCUGUUUCAGCCGCUUACGAGAGGUUGUCCGACCCCGCAACCCCCGUGACAGAGAUCACAGACCCGGUAGGCAAUGGGAGACCACCGCAAGCAUUUACGGGCAUUGUCGGGGGUGAAAGGACCCCCCCGAAUGGUAGUAUCGCUGACAGCGACGCCUACACGGUCAAAAGAGCAAACAGUGUUCGCAGCAAACUUGGAAAACGACGAUCACGCGGCUCAUCGGCGGCAACAGGGCAAUCCGCAAUUGGUGCUAUCAUAGGAGCUAGUGCUGCGGCUUUAGCAAAUCCAUCAAAAGGGCCUCGUUUGCCUGGGUUCACGCUGGCCCCUAAACAGCGAAAUCGCAACUUCCAUCAACAAUUUCGCAGUGUACCUGAGGACGAUUAUUUGAUCGAAGACUACAGUUGCGCGUUGCAAAAAGAGAUCAUAUUGGCCGGUCGAAUCUACAUUUCGGAAGGGCAUAUCUGCUUCUUCAGCAACAUCCUCGGUUGGGUGACCACGGUGGUGAUCUCCUUCGAAGAAGUGGUCAGCAUAGAGCGCGAGAAUACGGCCGUGGUGUUCCAGAACGCCAUUGCAAUUCAAACACUUCAUGCUCGCCAUACGUUUCGAAGUCUGAUCUAUCGUGAGCAGACCUACGAUCUUCUAAUUGGCAUAUGGAGAGUCAGUCAUCCGGCAAGCUUCCAGAAGAGCGUGAAUGGCAAGCAGCUCGCUGCUGAAGAGGCGAAAAGCAGCGCAGCACCCGCUGUUGAAAUCCUUGCAAGCGAUCAGCUUAGCGAGGAGAGCACGACUGAGGAGUCAGACUCGGAAGAAGACGACGAUAGUGCACCCAGCCUCGUGGAUAGCAGUGGGAGCCAUGCCGGCAGUGAGAAUGCAGAUGGCAAGAUUGUAUUGAGAAAAUCAUCGGGCAUGAACGCAAGCGCUGUUGCACAGACCGCUAGUUUGCUUGCUGGCACUGCCAGCGAUGUAUCCCCAGCUCUUGCUGCCCAAGCCAACAUGCCCGAGGCAGCUAAGGACUUCCCUGGGCCUGCGGCCCACCCUCCAACUGACUGUACUGAUAGCGCCACGCAUUACGAUAAGAUCCUGAAGGAUGAGGUUAUCUCUGCUCCGCUAGGCAAGAUCUACUCUUUGCUGUAUGGCCCUGAAUCGGGAGUAUUUAUGCGGAAGUUUCUGGCAGACGAGUGCAAGUGCACGGACGUCAUUCUCGAAGAUGACAAAAGGGGCUUGAAUGUCGAGAUCAAAAACAGACAGUACACGUAUAUCAAACCACUAGGGGGCAGCAUCGGACCAAAAUCAACCAAGUGCAUCACUACCGAAAACUUGGACUUCUUCGACCUCGAAAAGGCUGUCAGUGUCACAUGUACCACGUUGACGCCCGAUGUGCCCAGCGGCAACGCUUUCAGCACCAAGACCCGAUACUGUUUGACAUGGGGCCCCGGGAAUUCGACAAGGUUCCAGAUGAACUGUACAAUCGAGUGGACUGCAAAGUCCUGGCUGAAAGGCCCGAUUGAGAAGGGUGCAAAUGAUGGACAAGCGCAGUACGGUGAUAGUAUAGUCAGGGUCCUUAAAAGCGCCGUCACCGGUCGACCUAGGGGGACGACCAACGCUAGCAAAGUCUCGAAACCGACGAAAAAGAAGCGCAAGGGCGACAAGAAGUCUAAAGGGAUAGAGGCUGAGGAAGAGAAGAAGAAAGCUGAGCAUUGGGGAUUAUUGGAGUUUUUGAGACCUCCGUUACAGCCCAUUGUUUCGGUUGUGAGCCCUCUGUUGAAGCUGGAGGUUCUGGUGGCAAUCCUGUCGGUUACAGUCAUGAUAUUGUGGUGGCGUGGCCCGUCAGGAAGUGCAGGUUUGAGUUCACGUACAGGUCUGUCGUAUUCAAACCGGCUUGCAGCCUACGACACUCUCUGGACGCAAGAACAAGACGAGUUUUGGGAUUGGCUUGAAGCUCGUGCUGGCGUUGACACGGUCUUGCUGCGGAGCCAGUCUAUGCCACAGCAGCAGACGGCUAACGAGGAGACGGCAGAUAGUCUGAAGCAAAGGACGAAGCAGCGCCAGCGGGGCAAAGUCCUGCAAGCGGCCAGAAAGGAUGUCGAAGCCAAGAUCCGAGAAGAGAAGAUCAGCCAGCGGGAAAUGGAAGACGCAAUCAAAGUCACGCAGGAGAGACUCCAGGUACUGGAGGAUGUCAUGGAGAAGAAGAAGCAGCCCAAGAAGGACGGCAGCGCCCACGUAGGGCAACACAAUUCGAAAUAG